ACAGACCCACCCAGGGUUUCUUCUUUGUCUUCAGUCUUCUUAGAUACAGAAACAGAGAGAAAGAAAAUGUCUUCAUCAGCUGCUUGGAUCGGUUCGAUAUUAUUCCUGGUGUAUAUCAGUGCAUCAGCUAGUGCACUCUAUGGACCUUCAUCUCCUGUACUUCAACUCACUCCAUCAAAUUUCAAGUCCAAGGUUUUAAACGCGAAUGGAAUUGUUUUGGUCGAGUUCUUUGCUCCCUGGUGUGGUCACUGUAAAUCUUUGACACCUGUAUGGGAGAAGGCAGCCAGUGUGUUGAAGGGAAUUGCAACUGUUGCUGCUCUUGAUGCGGAUGCUCAUCAAGCACUUGCUCAGGAGUAUGGGAUUAAAGGAUUUCCAACUAUCAAGGUGUUUUUUCCUGGGAAGCCUCCGGUAGAUUACCAAGGAGCUAGAGAUGCCAAAGCGAUAGUCGAUUUCGCAUCUAAGCAGGUUAAGGCUCUCAUAAACGAACGUUUAAAUGGAAAAACUAGUUCCGGAGGAUCAAGUAAGAAAAAAGAACCAAGCGCAUCCGUGGAACUGAGCUCGAAGAAUUUUGAUGAUAUGGUCACUAAAAGCAAAGAUCUUUGGAUCGUGGAGUUCUUCGCACCAUGGUGUGGACACUGUAAGAAGCUAGCACCUGAAUGGACGAAAGCUUCUAUUAACUUGAAAGGGAAAGUGAAGCUAGGUCACGUCGAUUGUGAUUCCGAAAAGUCUUUGAUGAACAGGUUUAGCGUGCAAGGUUUCCCCACCAUCCUGGUGUUCGGUUCUGACAAAGAUAAACCAGUUCCUUAUGAAGGUGCAAGAGUUGCUGCAGCAAUUGAAUCAUUUGCCUUGGAGCAGCUAGAAACCAAUGUUUCUCCCCCUGAAGUGACCGAACUUACUGGACAGGAUGUGUUGGAGGAGAAGUGUGGCUCAGCUGCCAUCUGUUUUGUUUCUUUCCUCCCUGACAUUUUGGACUCAAAGGCAGAGGGGAGAAACAAAUAUCUUCAACAAUUGUUAUCAACUGCUGAGAAAUACAAAAGGAGUCCUUACAGCUAUGUAUGGGCAGCUGCUGGUAAGCAACCUGACCUAGAAAAACAAGUUGGCGUCGGUGGUUAUGGAUACCCAGCUAUGGUGGCAUUAAACUUGAGGAAAGGUGCUUAUGCCCCACUUAGAAGUGCUUUCCAGCUUGAGCAUAUCAUAGAGUUCGUGAGAGAGGCUGGUGGUGGUGGAAAAGGAAACCUACCUUUAGAGACCACACCAACAAUCGUUAAGACAGAACCUUGGGACGGCAAAGAUGGACAGAUACUUGAAGAAGAUGAAUUCUCUCUUGAAGAGCUCAUGGGAGGAGAUGAUACUACAGACAAAGAUGAAUUGUAGACUGACUUUAAAGGUGUAGAGUAAGGGUAAUUUACGAAUGAGGAGAAAAAGAAAAAAGAAUUUAUAGCAUAAUUGAUCAGGAUUCAUGAGAGCUACGUCGAGUCUUCAGUGUCUAAUUUGUCAAGGAAUUGUAUGAAACUCAUCUGUCACCAUUUUUCCUCAAUAAUCUACUGAUUGAUGAAUUGUUUGUUCCCAAAUAAUUCAUUGUUUCCUUUACAA